AUGUUGCGUCAGGUCGAGCUCCUGUUCACAAGGAAGCCAAACCAUCACAGUUGGGCAUGGGAAGAGCUCUUAGAAGCACGAGAAUGUUUCCUCACCCUCCGCUGUGCAAAGCAGUACAUGGGAUUCAUCUCAGAGCGCUUGUUCCGUGCUCGUGACCUAUUGAAAGGAAGCGAAGGUGAGAGUGACGAGUUUGAGCGAGGCAGCGAGUUCUCGAAGUUGCUUUACCAUGCGCAUCACAAGAUGCUGGACUUGGGGCGAAUCUUGCGAGGAGGCUGCCCAAUGGUUGCACUUAGUGGCAAGGAGAGACAGGAAGUGCUUGAACUUCGUUUGCGCAGGCCAAGCCGAACAGACGCUCAAGCAUUGCUGGAGAAGGCCGAAGCCCAGAGGGCACACCUCGCAUCCGAGCUCAAGGUAGUUGAAGCUUCCAAAGCUCGGCCUGCAGAAGUUGAUGCCAAUGCAUUGAACAAAUGGCUUCGCAGCGUUCGCGUGCGGAUGGCUUUGGGCGUGAAUCGCGGCGCUAUGCCACGGCCAUUAGGGUCAUUACCUCGAACAAGGUCCUGCGAGGAACAGCAAGCCAUUAAAGAUUUGAUCGAUGAGAUAGCUUUUUCCCAGAAGAUCAAAGUCGUGAUUGCAGGAUAUGGCAUCAGCUCGCGCACCAUGGGCACAAGUCACUCGAAGUCCGACCAUGACAUUAAGUGCAUUUUCGUUCACCCGAGAAGUAUGUACUUCGGUUUGCAGUCCCUUACGACCACCUUCAAGCAGCACUUCCCUGGCGCAGCUGGUGGUUGCGACGUGGAGAUCAGCGGCUGGGAAGCGCGACAUGCGCUGCAGAUGCUGGCAGAAGACAACCCGGCGGUGAUUGGCGUUUUGUCAACACCAUCAGCCUUCGUAGGGGAAGAGUGGAGAGAACGGCUUUUGCAGAUUGCAACGAAGUGGACGGACAGGGGCAGAUUGAUGGUCCAUUGGUACAACCAUGCCCGGCGAAACUUUCAAAGUUACAUCAAGUCCAACGACAGUCCAUUGCGCAAGCGAUAUGUUCAUGUCCUCAGGCCUUUGCUGAGUGUUGCCUGGCAGCGGCGUGAGAAGGGCUCAAACUUCCCUCCCUUGGACUUGGCGGAGCUAUUGCAGCAGGUGACAGACCUGGGAGCUGUUGCUGCAGCAGAAGCAGCAGCGGUCUCUUCUUUGAUCCACCAAGUGGAGGAGCUGCCGGAAGCAUUGCCCCGUUCUUCACAGCUGGACGAGCUGAUUGUGCGACUCUUGCAGGAUGAGAAAAUGCCAUCCUCAAAGCCAAGCAGUGGCCUUGGUGACGUUUGGCACCAGCUGUGUGUUGAGAUGGUCAGCACCGCGGCACCGGUCGAAUGA